UUUUUCACAUUAAAAGCGUUUUUUGUUUUGUUUUUGUUUUUGAGUUGAGACCCAUGGGGUUUUACUUAAAAACAAAAUGCGUUUUUCGAAGGAUUAAUCCCCAUUCAAUUAAAAUAAGUAAAUGCAGUCUAUUAGAAUAGCCGAUCGCCUCGGGGAUCUCUACUGUAAUUGCUUCCUAUUUGUUGUCACAAAUAGCAACUGUGUAGGCUAGAUCAAAACUGAGCGAUAGAGACCGGAACCUUCCGCCGCCCGACGGAGAGCGCACCAGACUGGCAUGCGCAAAGUGAGGACGACCGCUCUAAUAUUUUAUCUACAGUAGGCAAUGGCUGGACAGUCUACCAUCAACGGGAUUACCUUAUCCCCCGUAACUCGCCAUCCAUCUUCAUAGCCGCAAAAAUGUUGGAAAAAUAACAUUUUAAUACUCAAGUGUAAUUAUGGACUCCGUUUCUGCACCCCCGGUUUGCCGUGCUCUUGCAGUUCCAUGACUGGCGGGGAUUGGACACGGUAGCCCCACUCAGACGUGCUGUGACAGAAACAAGUCUCCUCAUCUGGGAAGACUCAACAACCCUCGCCUAGUAGCGAGAUUUGAAGCCUCCCCCUUUAUCAAACUAACGGGAUCGUCGGAUACCAAUGACUUAAAAUGACACCUUAAGUUACCCUCUUAUUACGCGCUGGUGUGUGCUGUCUCUGGUAUUAUUUUUCCUUUUCACAGUGGGAGCGAAAGAGCGGGGAAACAGGAAACUCGUCCAUCUCCAAGUUUUUCGGAUCUCAGGGGCGCAGUGGAGGGAGCGAGCGGCGAUGGCAGCCCGGAUGACAGCAGCGUUCGCUCUUCUGGUUCUCACGGUGGCAACUGCCUUGGGUGCGGAGAUAGAGGAGCGACUGGUGACCUACCUGCUGUCUCCAGAGCGCUACAACAAACUGAUUAGACCUGCUGUCAACAAGAGCCAACAGGUCACCAUCCAUAUACAGGUGUCCCUGGCCCAGCUCAUUAGUGUGAAUGAGAGAGAACAGAUCAUGACCACCAACUGCUGGCUGACUCAGGUAUGGAAUGACUACAGGUUGAUGUGGGACCCAGAGGAGUAUGAGGGCAUUAAGAAGGUCCGCCUCCCGUCUCAACACAUCUGGCUGCCUGACAUCGUCCUCUACAACAAUGCGGAUGGGAACUAUGAGGUCUCAUUCUACUCCAACACGGUGGUCUCCAACAAUGGAGAGGUGAACUGGCUGCCCCCCGCCAUCUACAAGUCGGCCUGCAAGAUCGAGGUCCGCGACUUCCCCUUCGACCAGCAGAACUGCACACUCAAGUUCCGAUCCUGGACCUACGACCACACUGAGAUCGACCUGAUCCUGCUCAGCGACUUCGCCAGCCGUGACGACUUCAAGCCCAGCGGUGAGUGGGACAUCGUGUCUCUGCCGGGACGCAAGAACGAAGACCCCUAUGACAUCACCUACCUGGACAUCACCUAUGACUUCAUCAUCAAGCGCAAGCCACUGUUCUACACCAUCAACCUCAUCAUUCCCUGUGUCCUCAUCACCUCUCUGGCCAUCCUGGUGUUCUACCUGCCCUCUGACUGUGGAGAGAAGAUGACUCUCUGUAUAUCAGUCCUCCUGGCCCUCACUGUGUUCCUGCUGCUGAUCUCCAAGAUCGUCCCACCUACGUCUCUAGCUGUCCCUCUCAUAGGGAAGUAUCUGAUGUUUGCCAUGGUGCUGGUCACCUUCUCCAUCGUCACCAGUGUGUGUGUGCUCAACGUGCACCAUCGCACGCCCUCCACACACACCAUGCCCCCCUGGGUCAAACGUCUCUUCCUGCACCGCCUCCCCUCCUUCCUGUUCAUGCGUCGGCCGGCCAGCUCCAACAUCCGAGAGAGGUUCCGCCAGAAGCACCAGCGGCCCUCCUACUCCGACCUGAAGCUGAGAGACGGGGCAGUGGCAGUGGCCCCGGCCGCGGGGGGAAUGGGGGUGGCAGAGGGGUCUGGGAUAGGCAGGGCCGACUCCUUCUAUGUGAAUGAGGAGUCGGCCAAGCGGUACGGCUGGAAGAUCAGCGACCUGUCGGAGAACACAGAGUUCAGAAAGAGGAUGACAGUGAAGUGUCACGCAGACGUUGAGGAGGCUGUGGACGGGGUGCGCUAUGUUGCCGAGAAGAUGAAGAGUGAGGACAACGAUGAGGGGGUCAUCGAGGACUGGAAGUAUGUUGCCAUGGUGAUUGACCGGCUCUUCCUAUGGAUAUUUGUGUUUGUGUGCAUUACUGGGACUUUGGGGCUGUUCAUGCAGCCCCUCUUCCAGAGCUACAACACACCCACGGCAGACGACCUGGAGCAGAACUGACCUAUGACCUUUGACCCGAAACCUGAUGCCCCCCAACACCCCCAUGAGGAACAACCGCGGCGAGUAAAACAGCUACUUACCAACACCUUGAAACAGAACUGUGUUAUUCUGAAACACUCACAUACUGUACGCACACAGCACACCGGCCACCACCACACCAACCAAUGCCCCUCAACCUCCCCUCUUAACAUCUUGUAUGGAACAGAGCAAUCCCACCAACCCUAGAAAAUGGGUCUGUUGUUUUUCAUUUUAUUUCUGCAUUUAGUUUGAAAAGGGGAACCAAUCUUUUCUGCAGAGUUCCAGAAUAAUUUGCUGAGCCCAAAGAUCCACACACACGACGAGCCCGACCCUGGCCAGAAGACGAGGACAGAGCCUCCAGUCUCUGCUACAGAGAAGGACAGCUCCUCCGUGUGUCCUCGUCCAGUGAAGCACAGACACACACACACACACACACACACACGACGAGCCAGACCCUGGCCAGAAGACGAGGACAGAGCCUCCAGUCUCUGCUACAGAGAAGGACCGCUCCUCCGUGUGUCCUCGUCCAGUGAAGCACAGACACACAGACAUAACUCUUGCCUUCAGAUGAAGAGGGAGAGAUGCAUUUUAGACAGGAAUGCCAGCAGGCUUGUUAUUUUGCUGUGAAACGGGAAGCCUUGACUGUCUCCCCUCACGCUACAGUGUGUUGACUGAGUACUACUGUACAGUAUUCGGGACUGAUUCUGGCCCCAGGUGGUCAGUCACCUGAUGGUCUUUCAAUGCGUUAACAUUAGCUUUUUUAGCCUACCGGGUUAUGUGUGUAAUUUUACGUUCAAAAUGGUUGUUCUUAUGUGUUCAAAGAGGGUGGGACCAACGGGAAGCUAGCUGUUGAGUAAAUACAAAAUGACCAUCAAACUGUUGUCACUCACCUUUGCUUCUCUUAAAGGUACAGUACGCCGGUGUAAGAAGUGUUCAUUCUCACAAGGUUUUCCAGGUAACCAGCAUUUGUACACAAACUCCAUAAGCAAACCGGUCAAACUGAACAGCGUUUGGCUCUGCACUAGCAAUCUUCCAGGCGGUAUAAACACUGCUCAGUAUUUUUUCAGAAAUCUUUAACCUAAGUCUGUGUUCAACUUAUUUAUCGUGACUGUCAUAUAUGCACUCUGUCACUGCUAUAAACGCUAGCCAAGGGAAGGCAUACUGUACACAUUUCAAGUGAAGAGUUUUGUUCUCAUCUCAUGUAUUUCUUUUUAUCAGUGUAAAGAAGGUGUUUUUCUUCCGCUGGCCAGUUAUGUGACCUGUUUUGGUUUUGUCGUCCUGGACUGGUGUAUUCUGGGUAGCGCUCAGAAUGACAGGAAGUAACAAUGCUGAUGACAUGUCAAAGAAGUCAAUAAAAGGAAACAACAACGGGA